AUGUCUAUUGGUCGCGAGCUGCCCCAGACCAUCGUACGUGGAAACAAGUUAUCUCGAGAUGGGUCUCUGGCGUGGCUCCUUGACGAGUUUGAUAACAUGUCUGUGUGUCGCUCCAACUCCUUGCGCAAGGACAGCCCUCCAUCUUAUCCCCGGGAUGACAGAUUGCCACAGGAGAACGGAGUGAGUGAUCGGCGAAUAAGACAUUCACACGAUGACAUGGGAAGAGGAUCUGAAAGAAUAAGGCAGGAGCACCACCAUGGAAAGGAACGGCCAAGGGAAGAACAGAGAGUAGCUCCUCAACAACCUCGGGGGCAGGAACCAAGCAACAAGCACCGCCCUCCCCCACCAGACUACCCUAAAUCCCAUGAACACAGAGCUUCUCGUACUCAUGAAAGAGUUGAUGUGAGGAAGGAGAACCUGGAAAUUAACCGGGAGUACAGUGAACCUGCUGAUCGUGUUGUUAGAAGGGAGAAAGGAGAAGAGAAGAGACCAAAAUCCUCUUACACAGGGGGUGAGGGCAGCCCGCAGUCACCCAGAGAUAAGCGGCCACUGUCAGGCCCCAAUAUCAGGACUCCAAGCAACCCUCCUAGUGAGGGAUCAGGGAAACCUACACAGCAGGCAGGGCGACCGUUCAACACCUACCCAAGGGCAGACACAGAUCCCAACAGAGGGGGCUCCAACCAGGAAUCUCGCACCACAGUACCACUCGACCAGAAAAUCCCAGCUGGCAAAGUUUCAUCUAGGCAGCAGCAAGGCCAGACUAAGCCCAAACCUCCUGAGAAACCUCUUCCCUCUGGCCUUUCUCCUCAUAGCUCAGACCCUCAGCUUUCAAGACCCGAACAGUCCAAACCACCACCUCCACCCGCUCAACCUCGCUCACCACAAAGAGAACCUCAGCGGGUGUCUCACGAGCAGUUUAGGGCAGCUUUGCAGAUGGUGGUGGAUCCUGGUGACCCAAGGACAUACUUGGACAACUUCAUCAAGAUUGGGGAAGGUUCAACAGGCAUUGUGUGCAUUGCUUCUGUCAAAAGCACGGGGAAGUUAGUGGCUGUGAAAAAGAUGGACCUGCGCAAGCAACAGAGGAGGGAGCUGCUCUUCAAUGAGGUGGUGAUAAUGAGGGAUUACCAGCAUGAGAAUGUGGUGGAGAUGUACAACAGUUACCUAGUGGGUGAUGAGCUCUGGGUCGUCAUGGAGUUUCUGGAAGGUGGAGCCCUAACUGACAUUGUCACUCAUACUAGAAUGAACGAAGAACAAAUAGCGGCCGUCUGUGUGUCUGUACUUAAAGCACUCUCUGUCCUACAUGCACAAGGCGUCAUCCAUCGUGAUAUUAAGAGCGAUUCCAUUCUGCUUACACAUGAUGGCCGGGUAAAGCUUUCAGACUUUGGAUUUUGUGCACAAGUCAACAAGGAAGUACCACGUCGUAAGUCUCUGGUUGGGACUCCCUACUGGAUGGCUCCUGAACUGAUCUCAAGGUUACCUUAUGGACCAGAGGUGGACAUAUGGUCUCUGGGCAUUAUGGUGAUAGAGAUGGUGGAUGGAGAACCCCCUUAUUUUAACGAACCCCCACUGAAAGCAAUGAAAAUGAUUCGGGAUAAUUUACCCCCUAAACUGAAAAAUGCACAGAAGGUUUCCCCAUUGCUAAAGGGGUUUCUGGAUCGGCUCUUGGUGAGGGAACCUGGCCAACGAGCCCCAGCUAAUGAGCUUCUGAAACAUCCUUUCCUAGGGAAGGCCGGCCCACCCUCUUGCAUCGUUCCACUGAUGAGACAGAAUAGAAUGAGAUGAGGAGUUGGGAGAUGUCAGACCAAAGACUGACCUUAUUUUGGGGGGCAGGGAGAUGAAUGUGUCAGCCAAACCCACCUCAAUGUUGUUCCAGGAAACCUGGGUAAAAACUACUAAAUCAUUACUCUUCCAACAUAAACUUCUAGAUCAGCACCAAUCACAACCCUAUUUGAUCUUUUUAUAAGUUGCAGUUAAUCUCCCUCCCUAGGAGCAUUAAGAUGGUAAGACCGACACUGUCUCACCUGCCUUAGAGUGCUCAGGUAAUUUAUUUGGUAAGGAAACAUGAACAGUAUGGCCUUAUCAUGGGAAUAAGAAGAUACCAAGACAAAACUCAAAAUUCAUCUCCAACGGGAAUGUUUGCACAUUGUGUUUAACUAAACUUGGAUAAUUUUUGUUCUCUGGAGAGCACUUGGAUAAACACAAAAUAUGCACAUGUUUAUAUGAAAAUCUGGGAGAAUACACUGGAAAACAAACUUAAUGCUUUGUCCAGGAAUGGCUGGAAUGUGAUUACUAGACUGAGGUGACCGCUAACCACGUGAAUAUUAUUUUUUCAUCUCCAGUCAGUCAUCACAUGGAGCAGCAUAUGAGCCAGCAUUUUAGUGUAGUUAGGCAGGAACUUGUUUUACAAGUUUCUUCAUUUAAUGUCAGCUCAUACAGAUUUCUUUAUUAUUAUUAUUUUUUUAUUAUUGGGGAGAGGUAGAAACCUGGCUAUGAUUGACCUCUUUUUGUUCUCUAUGUUCUCCAAAACACUGUCCAGCUUCAUCUAAGAAGCAUAGCCAGCUUUGCCUGAAACUUUCAGAGCCAUUUAUAUAAGGCUAUCCUGUUAGUGCACUUAGGACACAUGUCAGGUUAGUCGUCUUAUCUGUAGGACUGGAUGAUAGUGUUACUUUAACCCAAUGUGUCUGUUGAUGCCCCUGAAAAUGAUAUGAAGAUUUGAAUGUUGCACUGAAACUCACUGGAAACACAAGUAUCGGCCUGUGAUAUAUCAGCCCUAGAUGCUAGAAGGAAUCUCUUCUAUUUAAUACAUUCAAGACCCCUGGUAUUAAACAAAACCCUACUGGUUAAUGCCCAUCUUUAUUCUGCACUUUUCUCACCAAAUUACAAAACCGUAAUCAGAUUAAAAAUAUAUAAUAUUCCUUACUAAGUUUGUAUCCCACCCCAGCAGGGCGGCUAUGUGUACCACUGCCUAUAACUAGGGAUAUUUUGUUAUUUUCAGGUCUAAAGUCACCCCCUUCUUGUCAUUUUAGCAUUUCUUCUGUGACUAUACAGUUUUAUCUCAUUUUGUUUUAAUUGUAGUUUGUUCUUCAAAAUUGUCACAAAACUACAGUGACUGCAACGUGUUUGUGGGAAGAAUGAUAUCUAAAAGGUUUGAGUUCAUGUUAAAAAAAGAAAAAAAAACUAUUGGAAUGUGCUAGCACACGUUUAGGGCCUAUUUGAAAAUCUACAUUAAAAAAACUGGAUAUUCAGGGGCGAACAUUGCAAUAAGUGUAGCCAAGAAAAACUGUAUUUCUCACAUUUUGUGAUGAAUUGUAUUUUUGGAAUACUAAGCACUGAAAUAGUGGUAUAGAAAUGCUUAAGUAAUUUAGCGCUAAACGCUGACAACGGUUUGACAUCCUGUGGGAUCUUCUUCUGCUUUGCAAUACAUUUGAAGAAGUGAGAAAGUGUUUGUAUUAUGAGUGCAUCUGUUUAAAUGUCCAUUACAGUCAGUAGUGCCUUAUUGUAUUUUUACUGGUAGAACUAUACAAUAAUUCCUGUAUUUGCAUUCAUAUCCCUGUACAGAAUGAAGUACCCCGACAAUCAGCUAAACUGUGUUAUGUAAGCAAUACGAAACAAAGACACUAAAACUGGCGAGUAGCAUUGGGGAAUAUUCCCUUGAUAUGACUUCCAGCUCUUCAGAGACUACUAGUUCUAGUUUUAUAUAUAAUAUAUAUUUAUAAAAUAUUUGUUUUGGAACAUGAAGUAUUCGUACAUCUGAUUGUGACACAAACAAAUCAGGCUGUGAUGCUAAAUGAUCUUUGCUUUUCAAUUUAUUUGUACAAGAAAUUCAACUGUAUUUUGCAAAGUUGUUGUUUUUUGUUUGAACAGAACUUAAAUAGACACUACUAGUUUUACAAAUACAGUUUUUGGACAAAAA